AUGGCGGCCACAGAAUCCCAGUUGCCUACCGACCCCAAGUACGACCAGUACGACUUCCCCACCACCGCUCCGGAAGCGCAGCCUGGCCACCCCGGCCACACCACCCCCGAACAGGAUGCCAAGGUGCACCAGCUCCGCGCUGAGCUUGAGAAGCUCGGCUACACUGAGCGUUUGGAUACGCUGACCCUCCUGCGAUUCCUGCGUGCCCGCAAGUUUGAUGUCGAGGCUGCCAAGACUAUGUUCACUGCCAGCGAGAAGUGGCGCAAGGAGUUCGGCACCGAUGAUCUAGCUCGCACCUUCGACUACCCCGAGAAGGAGGAGGUCUUCAAGUUCUACCCUCAGUACUACCACAAGACCGACAAGGAUGGCCGCCCCGUCUACAUCGAGAAGCUGGGCAAGAUCGACCUGAACCAGAUGUACAAGAUCACUACUGCCGACCGCAUGCUUCAGAACCUGGUGUGCGAGUACGAGAAGCUGUCCGACCCCCGUCUGCCCGCUUGCUCGCGCAAGGCCGGCAAGCUGCUCGAGACCUGCUGCACUGUCAUGGACCUGAAGGGCGUCGGCAUCACCAGUGUGCCAUCCGUCUACGGAUACGUCAGCCGGGCCUCAGAAAUCUCGCAGAACCACUACCCCGAGCGUCUGGGCAAGCUUUACCUGAUCAACGCGCCGUGGGGCUUCAGCACCGUCUUCGGUGCCAUCAAGGGCUUCCUUGACCCCGUUACCGUCAGCAAGAUCCAUGUCCUCGGUAGCGGAUACCAGAAGGAGCUUCUGGCCCAGGUCCCCGCUGAGAACUUGCCCGUUGAAUUCGGCGGCUCUUGCAAAUGUGCCGGUGGCUGUGAGCUCUCCGAUAUGGGCCCUUGGCAGGAGUCUGAGUGGGCUCGUCCCGCUAAGUGGGCUACCCCCAAGGAGGAGGCCCCUAAGGCGGCUGCUGAGCCUGUUGUUCAGAAUGAGGAGAAGAAGGAUGUUGAGGGUCAGGAGGUUGCUCAGACUAGCGCUUAA